CAGUAGGUAGUUACAUACCGGCAUCCACCCUCGGCAUCAGCGCCGGGAAAGCCCUUCUCGGAAUAUUUCCCAUCUUUCCAUUUCCAUUCCCAUCCACAUUUCUCCGACGACACGAAUCCCAUGGAAUUCUCUCGAUACCCGAGAGCCACCAGUCCUGUUUCCAUUUGUUCGUCACGUACUGCACUUCCCAUUCUACACUGGUUAGUUUAUUAGUCUACUUAGCCACCGUACUUCAUACCCGUUCUCCAUGCCCAUGCUCCUCCUCCCUGCAAUGUCGUCAGCUCUGGUGGGGUGUUUGUUGCUGCUGCCAAGUCAGCGCCAACAAGUUGCUGGUACGGUCCGUCCCCCGCCUCAGCCGCUCCCGUCCAACGGAACGGAACCUUGCCACGCAAUAAACCAUGCAUACAAACUUCACUGCCGUGUCAAACCCUUUCAGUCGGCAAUCACGCCAAUUCACAUCACACCACACUCAUCACAAUCAUGAACCAAAUAUUAGAGUGCAAAUGCGUUUUUUUU